AUGUGUGUGUUUGCUUGUAGGAAUGGAUUUGUACCUUUUGCGUGUUAAGAAAAAGUCAGCAAUGGUGUGACUCCAAUAACAUGUCUGAACAAGAAGCUUUCAAUUCCCCAGUGUCUCAGUACAUAUUGCACUGCCACUGCCUCCUGUUAUGUGUGUACAGAGAGGACAUCCAGAAGGUGUUUGUUAAGGAUCCACAACAAAUAGUGUCCAGAUGCUCUGAGUUCAUAACUCAGCCGAUGUGGAAGUUGGAAACUGGCGUGUAUCAGACGGUAGGAGAAUUCGUCUCUGACUUUCAGCUCAUUUUCAGCAACUGCAGCACAUUCAAUAAGGACAGUGAGUUUGGCCGAAUGGGUGCCAGGCUGAAGCGAAUGUUUGAGGAAGAGUUCCGGAAAAUCUUCAAAAUUGCUGAAGUGUUCACACCUAAAAUACUUAAAGGAAAUGACAAGGACAAAAACAAAAAUGUAUACAGGUUUGUGUGUCCAUAUGCUGGUCAGUUUCUUUGCAGUCUGACCAGCCUUGUGUUUGUGAUGGAGGGUGAAGGAGAGGUGCUUUAUAACACUGUUUCAUGGGAUCCUCGUCUGUUAGAUGGUUUGAGCAAGACUGACAAGUCUGCAGGUCCCUUGUACGACAUUAAGUGUUUUAAUGGUUCAAUCUCAAGACUUCACCUUCCACACUGUGAAAUAUUCUCAGAGGAAGAUAUGGAUCGUUUAUCUGUAGCACAUUUCACUAAUGGUAAUGUAGCAAUAAUGAAUCCGCUUAAAGUGACUGAAACGCAUGUGAUGAUUGACAUCAAAGAUCUCUCCAUCUUUGGGCUCAUAAAAAGGAUAUUUUGUCCUUCCCCCGUCGUUGCCCAAGUACUUGUCUUUCUGCGACCAAUAACUAUGAGAGAGGAAGAAAACAUACUGGAUGUCCAUUUGCUCCCAUGGAAUGUUCCACUGUCAGAGGUCAAGGACCAACACGCGGAGAAUACACACAUUAAAACCAGUUCAAAGUGUUGUCUCACCCCGGGAACACAAUACCGUCUGUGUUGUCAACCAGAGGGAUCUACAGUGCAGCCAGCGACCGAGGAGUUUGAGUUUAAUUUUGGUCCAAACUAUCAUCCCACAUUUGAAGUGUUUGUGAAUGUCAGAAAUAAGGAGGUCAAGCUAAGUCUUAUGAAUAGCACUGAAGGAAGGGAAGUGUGGGUUCCACGACGAAUCCUUCUCACAGGCCAAGAUGUAGACCUCCCAGUUCACAGGCAGCUCAUGGCAUCUGAAUUUGUGAACAAACACAGAUCUCCCCUCAUUCAGAGAGUUUCAUCAGUGAUGACGAUUGCUGAUGGUCUGAGGGCCAAAGGUAUGAUUACACCUGAAAUGUAUGAUAAAAUUCACGAUACAAAACCACGGCAAAACAAAAUGAGAGCCUUGUUGAAAGCUCUGGACUCUGGAGGAGCUUCUGUAAAAGCAGAAUUCUACAGAUUGCUGAAGGAGAACGAACCUCAUCUUGUAGAUGAACUGGAUUCUGGACCCAAUAGACCACAGUAAUGCUGAGACUACAUUAGAGAGGAACACUUCAGUCAGUUUGAGACAUAAACGAUUGGUCUAAUUUAAAUCCCUAUAUUUGGUGCUCAUUGUAUAUGUGACCCUCUCUGUGAAGUCAUUUUUGUGAUUUACUGUUUUCUACAUAAAAUCAUCCUUCAUAAGGUAAAGAACAUUCUGUGAAAAUAUAACCUUUAUAUCGUUAAUAUUGGCCGAGUAUGGCCAUGUAAAGGAUUGAAAUCAUAUUGAAAUUAAUGAUUGAAAUCAAACUUUGAUGCUUGUUAUUUCAUAAUUAGAUUUUGAGACUUUAGCCUGGAUUUCACAGAGAGGGUCACAUAUGUUAAUGUACAGUAAUGUGUUUAUCGUUUACUCUGAUUGGAUUUGUUUAAUAUGAGGUAUGAUGCUGUUACUGUAUGACAUAUGAGUAACUAUGAAUAUUUUCAUUUUGUAAUACUGUGGAAAAAUAACCAUGCCCAAUUAAAAAAAAAAGACACAAUUAUGUCUUCAUCAUAAAAUCAAUUACAGUUUUUUUUUUUUUUUUUUUUUUAAUGGGAGCAUGAGAAUGGAUCUCGAGUCACAUGUUCUCACAUUGACACACUAUAACACAUACUGCCCGUUCUCAUCAUUCCCUCUGAUAUGUGAAUUUGAUUUGUCAAAUUCAUUGUCCUUGCGUCAAAUAAGUCUCAGUCAUUAAGACAUAUGACACUCAUAGUUAAAACCAAUUUUGUAAAUUUGCAGCUGCAAAAAGAGCGGCUCAUAUAACCAAUUCACUGUAAAAUUUCUGCUUUUUACAAAAAAAAAAAAAAAAGACAAACUUGAUCAGAACUGCUAAUUCGAGCAGAGCUGCAGUCAGAAUCUCAGGAUGAUAUGAACAAGAGCACAGGUGAUUAUGUGUUUUGGAAAAUAAAUCCUGGUAAUGGGAGACAAAGGAAUAGGAGGAGAAAAGAAAAAUGAAGGGGACGAGGUGAAAGGUAAUUUGUUGCUGAUGAAAUAUAAAGCACUAUAGUUGACCAUCUUCUUUUGCAUGGAAUGAACAUAAGGAAAGCUGGCCUGCAGGAUCAUCUUCAGGGUUUUACACUACUUACACAGUACAAUUACAGUACAUAGUAGCAGUACUUCAGAUGAGAGAACUUUCACGGUUCUUUGUUCUGUAAAUACUGUAGCACACACCCUCAAACUCGUAACUGUUGAAUUAAUUCCAAGUACUUCUUACAUGUACUGUAUUUGUGCAGAACUGAGAGUCGACUCUCUAGGAGAGGCAGAGAAAGUCUUUUCUCAGAAGACUAAGAAACUGCUAUUGUAUAAUAAAUAAGGAUACUACCAAUACUGUAAUGCAACUUGGCAGAGGAUGCUGAAUUUAUUUAUUUAUUUAUGUACAGUAACUGACAGUACAUUCCAAUGUGUGUUUACUGUAUAUUCAGUUGUUUGGUCUUUAAACUUUUCUCUUCUAGUGAUUUUCAUCUACUGUAGCAUCACUUUACAGUAGUGUAAUGAAAGUAAGCUUUUCUUACAGUUUAUUGCUGAAUUUCACUGUAUCUGCACCGCUCUAUUUAUGCUGCAUACUGUAACAAUCAUUGCAGGAUUCCUGUUUCCCAAAAGGAGGUUUUUGUAACAGUGUUUUGAAUUGAUCUCACUAGUGUUCUCUAGACAGGAAAAUAGUCUGUGUGUUUGACAGCUUUGUGUGUCAUCUGAGGCCAAAGAUUAGAUUCUGACAAAAGAGAAUAUGUUUUUGACUAAAAUGUUUGACUUUGACCUGAAAGUCUGAAGUUUGCAGAAAUUGUGUAGUUUUGAGAUUGUGUUUAUAGUUGUGAGAAAAUGGUGAAUUGUUUCAUGAAUUGUGUGUUAGCAAACGAGGAAAACUGUAAAUAUAUACAAGCAUGUGUUUGUAUUUAUAUAGACAUAAUAAAUGUACACAACACACUCACAUAUU